GAACGCGUUCCCAUGUUUUUCAAUAAAGAUUGAACCUAUCGACUUACGUGAUUUUUUUAAAGACGAAAGAUCCGGAAAAUUAUCGGAGAAAUUCAUGUUUACAACAAAAUUUUAUCAAAUUAGAGUGUGAAAAAUCAUUAAAGUAACUUCAAAAUAGAAUGGAUUAGAGUCUAAAUUAAACAUUCAACGUAGAAAAAUCAAACAAUAUCAAAAUUCCUUAAAAAGAGACUUGGAACAUCGAUAAAAAAAUUGUACAGAUAUGGCAAAAUAUUAUGAAAAUUCUACAGUCUUUCAUUAUAACAUGGAGCAAAUAUUUCAAGGCUUUUGGCAGCGAUAUCCAAAUCCAUAUUCAAGCCAUGUACUGUCUGAAGAUACACUGGAACGACAAGUGACAAGAGAAGGAAAAUUAUAUUCAAAAAGACUAAUCACCAAGACUAAUAAGCUUCCAAAAUGGGGAGAAAGAUUCUUUAAAGCUAAAUCUGUUUGUAUCGUUGAGGAAUCACUAAUUGAUUUGAAAUCAAAAACUCUAACAACUUACACAAGAAACAUAGGAUUUAAUAAAAUAAUGAAUGUUAUCGAAAAAGUGGUCUACAGAAGCGAUGGACCAAAAACAAUAGCAUAUAGGUCAGCAUGGAUAGAUUCACAGGUUUUCGGAUUUGCGUCUGCAAUUAAGGCUUUUGGAUGUGAAAGAUUUAAGAAAAAUUGCCAGAAAUCUGCUCUCGGCUUCAAUUAUAUUCUUGGAAUGCUUUUCCCAAUACAAAAUCAAUACGCAAAUAUAGUUCAGCACGAUGUAGCGCAAAAGUUCAAGGAAGCUGCAAAGCAAAUGAGUGAACAUGUCAAGGAGCAAAUUUAUGAAGCAUCACAUUACAAUAUGAACCAGAAUUAACGUACAUAGGUACUCUUCGUACUAUCAUGAGAUGAAAGGAUGAAAUCUAAUGUCUAAUUGGUGUUUCAAUAAAUCGGGCCUUCUAUCUGAGUUUCUAGUUCAUAAGUACAAAAAAACUAAUUUUAAUAAUAACAUUCAAAUCGAGAAAAGAUGAAUUCGGGAAUUGUAGGGUAGAGAAAGUAUUAUAAAAUUCAAUGGAAAUUAGGUACUGUCUAAUGUCAUUCCAUUCAAUAAGAAUUUAUGUAGGAGUUUUCUACAGCAACCACUUAAGUCCUUUUCC